AUGAAGGAUAUUUUAAUACAACUGCAAUCUCAAUUCAGCGACAGAUUUGGUGAUUUUGAAAAAGUUUCAAGUAAACUGAAGGUGUUUGCAAACCCUUUUUCAUGUGAUAUUGAGGAAGUACCGAGUAAUUUACAAAUGAACAUGAUUGAUCUCCAGUCUAAUGAUGUUCUUAAAAGCACUUUCUAUGAACUCAAAGAUCUUGUUAAGUUUUAUGGUAGCUUGCCUUCUGAUUUUGACGAAUUGAAAAAGUUUGCUCAGCAGUUCAUUACAAUUUUUGGUAGCACUUAUUUAUGCGAACAAACUUUUUCAAUUGUCAAUUACAGAAAAAAUAAAUGUGCAUCUCGUCUCACAGAUGAGCAUUUGAGAGCCAUUCUACGAAUUGCAACUACAAAUAUGACAGCUAACAUACAAGAAAUAGCCUCCCAAAUACAACCUCAGACAUCACACUGA